AUGGUCGAACUCAUCAGCCCUCCGGACCCGCGCUCACUGCUCCCGCCUCUUCUCGCUUGUCUCCCGACAGCCUUCGUCUCGCCACGCCCUCCCCCGGCGCUCCUCCCUCUCCUCUCUCCGAUCCUUCGUCAACGUGUUCAAAUCCUCACCGAUGUUUCCACUUCCCCCUCCGACUCCUGGUUACACCUGCUCUGCUGGGACGCCGCCAAAGCGGAGCGCCUACAGGGCGUCGUCGACGGCACCACCUUUGAACCGCACCCGGUGUCCGGUGAGAUUGAACUCACUGAAGAUCUCCCGGUGACGUACAAGCGGAUCGAUGAGGAAACUCUGCGGGCACUUGUGGUGCUGUCUGAAUACAACUUGGCGGUGAUCUACCUGUGGUGUCCGACAGACGAACAGGGCCGUGGCUGGAAAGUGGGAGAACUACUGCCGCGUGAAGCUCCUGCUGAGGAUGAACACACUUGGGCCUCUUCUAUCGGCGAGGCGAAUGGCCAGGCAAAGGAAAAGCUUUUUACCGACGCCUUGGACACGAGCCGCCCAGCGCAUUCGAACAACGGCGAACAGGCCCAGGAGGAGGAUGAUGACGAUGACUACUGGGCCCAGUAUGAUGCCACUCCCGGCCGGACACCCGGCGUCAAGACCCCCGCACCGCGUGCUGGUUCGAACCUCCGGCCUGGUCAGUCCGAGGCAUCAUAUUUCUCCCAGUACGGCGACGUGCAACCCGCCAUGGACAGCCAUGACCCCGAAGAAGAGCAGUCCGAAGUCGGGCCAUCAUCCUUGAACGGAGACAUGCUCUCCAGUCUUCUGCGGCGACAAGUCGACGGAAUUGGCUCAGAAAUACCUCGUACAAACGGCUACGCGGCGGAAGACGUGCCCCACCACGAAGCAGGCAGACGAUUGAGCCACCCGCGGCCAGAAUCAGCAUCCUCAAACAGCUCCGAGCAUGUUGCCAGACUGGAGCAGGAAGCCGAGAGCCAGUCCACAUACGAAGUGGGCGUGAAGCAGCACAUUGGCACGAGCAUCAAGAGCUUGUUCCGGUUGGCCAAGGCCACGGGAAUGUCGCGGAGCGAAUUCCAGUCGCUAGUGCAGACGGAGUUGGAGUUAUUGGAUUUGACGGACGACGAUUGA